UUCGCGUGGUAACCUUCGAGUACAUACAAAUGGUGGACUCAACCAAAUCCGCACCGGGAUAUGUGAUAUGGUAGCUAUAGCUCGCAUUAUAAACGCCACUCUUGUAAUUCCAGAGCUUGAUAAAAAGUCAUUUUGGCAAGAUAAUAGCAAUUUCUCCGAUAUCUUUGAUGAAAAGAGGUUUAUCAGUUCUCUUGCUGAUGAUAUAAAAAUCAUUAAGAAACUUCCAAAGGAUCUAGCUGAUGCAACCAAAACGGUGAAGCAGUUCAAAAGCUGGUCUGGUAUGGAUUACUAUCGGAAAGAGAUUGCAGCCCUUUGGGAUGAUUUCAAAGUUAUUCAAGCUUCCAAAACCGAGAAGGAUGAGAUCAUUUGGUCCGUAUAUCGCAUUACACUUACAUUACGGUGAGCUUAUAGUCAAACUUUAUUCAGAUGAGUUUCUGCUCUCAUUGUUUUGGAUUCGGAAAUAGAUUCAAUGAAAUUAAUUUAGUCAUACACAUAUUCUUGACUAUUUGUUAUUGUCCUUGAAUUUGAAAAGAUUGGAAAAGUUCUUACCUAAACCUCUGUUGUUGCCUAAAUUUAGUGGCAUGAGCAAGUCAAGGUAAACUCAGAAUGACAAG